GUGAGGCGGCGGAGCCAGCCCGGCAAGGUCCGAGCGGCUGGCGGCUGUGCGCCGAAACCUGUGCGGGGCACGACCAUGGCCUCCGGGAGGCUGCUGGCGACCGUCACCUGUACGGCGCCUGUUAACAUCGCGGUCAUCAAGUACUGGGGGAAGCGAGAUGAGGAGCUGAUCCUCCCCAUCAAUUCCUCUCUGAGCGUCACUUUGCACCAGGACCAGUUAAAAACCACCACCACGGCCGCCAUCAGCAAGGACUUCACGGAGGACCGUGUUUGGCUGAAUGGCCAAGAGGAGGACGUGGGGCAGCCACGCCUCCAGGCCUGCCUGAGAGAGAUUCGCCGCCUGGCUCGCAAGCGGAGAAGCACAGUGGAUGGAGACUCGCUUCCUCUCAGCCUCAGCUACAAGGUGCACGUGGCCUCUGUGAACAACUUCCCCACCGCUGCGGGCCUGGCCUCCUCAGCAGCAGGCUAUGCCUGCCUAGCCUACACCCUGGCCCGGGUCUAUGGGGUUGAGGAUGACCUCUCCGAAGUGGCGCGCCGUGGCUCUGGCAGUGCCUGCCGGAGCCUGUAUGGGGGCUUUGUGGAGUGGCAGAUGGGGGAGCAGGCCGACGGGAAGGAUAGCGUCGCCCGGCAGGUGGCUCCUGAGUUACACUGGCCCCAGCUGCGCAUCCUCGUCCUUGUGGUGAGUGCAGAGAAGAAGCCGAUGGGCAGCACAGUGGGCAUGCAGACCAGCGUGGAGACCAGCCCCCUGCUCAAGUUCCGGGCUGAGUCGGUGGUGCCAGCACGCAUGCGGGAGAUGCUCUCCUGCAUCCAGGCACGGGACUUCCAGGGUUUCGCUGAGCUGACCAUGAAGGACAGCAACCAGUUCCAUGCCACCUGCCUGGACACCUUCCCACCCAUCUCAUACCUCAACGACAUCUCCAGAAAGAUCAUGCAGCUGGUGCACCACUUCAACGCCUACCACCGGCAGACAAAGGUGGCGUACACAUUUGACGCAGGCCCCAACGCUGUGAUCUUCACCCUGGAGGACACCAUGGCCGAGUUUGUGGCUGCCGUGAGACACAGCUUCCCCCCAGAGACGAACGGAGACAAGUUUCUGAAGGGGCUGCAGGUGACACCUGUCCUCCUCUCUGAGGAGCUGAAAGCCGCACUGGCCACGGAGCCCACCCCUGGUGGUGUCCAGUACAUCAUUGCCACUCAGGUGGGCCCGGGGCCUCAGAUCCUGGAUGACCCCCACGUUCACCUCCUGGGCCCAGAUGGUCUGCCGAAGCCAGCUGCCUGAUCACUUCUGCCACAGGAUCCCCCACCUCCACCCACAACAGGGGCUGCUCUGGGACUGGGAGCUGGUGUGCCUGUCGGUCUGCAUCUGUGGGGACUUGUGGGGCCUCCUUGUGCUCAGUCCAACCUACACGCUGUGGCCAGGUUGUGGUUGAGAUGUGGAGCCAACACCUGUGGCCAUCCAGGCAGGCGGGGAGGUCCCACCAAGUGCCUCACUGUGCCCAGCCAGCACCAGGAGUCCACUGGGGAGUCGCGUCCCUUCCAGUGGUGGGUGUGUGCAGGGCAGCCUCCUGGCUCAGGAGGCAGGUGCCUCGAGGGUGCUGGUGGUAGACAGUUCCUCUUCCCAGACCUGGACUGACUGAACUUAGGCUGCGGGUGUGGAUGGCAUGUUUCUUUAUAAAAAGGCAGUGACCGCUACCUGCAAGGGGAAGGGCUGCCAAGCACAGGGGUGGAGUCCAGUGGAAGCCGGGGUAUCUUGAGCUGGGGCCCUGGUGACUGGUCCUCAAGGAGUAAACUCUGCAUUGCCAUCUG